CUCUGGGCCUGGGCAGAGCCAAGGAGGGAGUGAUUUUACCAGACUGAGGGAAUAAGGUGAGAGAAUAGUGACAGAGUGACAUAACUGUGCCAAGAAGCUUGCAGCUGGGAGCACUUUGUCACCAUGCAGAGAUCUCCACUGGAGAAAGCCAGCAUCUUCUCACAGAUUUUCUUUAGCUGGACCAAGCCAAUUUUAUGGAAAGGCUACAAGCAACGUCUGGAAUUGUCAGACAUUUACCAGAUUCACCCAGGGGACUCUGCAGAUAACCUUUCAGAAAGGUUAGAAAGAGAAUGGGACAGGGAGGUGGCAACAUCAAAGAAAAACCCCAAAUUAAUUAACGCACUGAAAAGAUGUUUUUUCUGGAAAUUUCUCUUCUAUGGUAUCUUAUUAUACCUAGGGGAAGUAACUAAAGCCGUUCAACCUCUUCUUCUUGGAAGAAUCAUUGCUUCUUACGACCGUGACAAUGAGCAUGAACGAUCGAUUGCUUAUUACCUGGCAAUUGGCCUAUGUCUACUUUUUGUAGUCAGAAUGCUUCUGUUACAUCCUGCCAUCUUUGGUCUACACCAUAUCGGAAUGCAAAUGAGAAUAGCAAUGUUUAGUUUAAUUUAUAAAAAGACUUUGAAACUUUCAAGCAAAGUUCUCGAUAAAAUUAGCACUGGACAACUCGUAAGCCUUUUGUCAAACAACCUCAAUAAAUUUGAUGAGGGACUUGCACUGGCUCAUUUUGUUUGGAUUGCACCUUUGCAAGUGCUGUUGUUGAUGGGACUGCUGUGGGACUUACUCCAGGCCUCUGCAUUUUGUGGCCUUGGCUUUCUUAUCAUUCUUGCAUUGUUUCAAGCAUGGCUUGGUCGUAUGAUGAUGAAAUAUAGGGAUAAGAGAGCAGGAAAGAUCAAUGAAAGACUUGUGAUAACAUCUGAAAUCAUAGAGAACAUCCAAUCCGUAAAGGCCUACUGUUGGGAGAAUGCGAUGGAAAAAAUAAUUGAGACCAUAAGAGAGACUGAACUGAAGCUUACUCGAAAAGCAGCAUAUGUACGAUACUUCAACAGCUCAGCGUUCUUCUUCUCUGGAUUUUUUGUGGUGUUUCUUUCUAUUGUUCCUCAUCUACUACUCGAUGGCAUUUCACUCCGAAAAAUAUUUACUACCAUUUCAUUUAGCAUAGUCCUGCGAAUGGCAGUAACUAGGCAGUUUCCGUGGGCUGUACAGACAUGGUAUGACUCUCUUGGAGUGAUAAAUAAAAUACAGGAUUUCUUGCAAAAGGAAGAAUAUAAAUCAUUGGAAUAUAAUUUAACAACCACAGAAGUAGCAAUGGAAAAUGUUUCAGCAUCUUGGGACGAGGGAAUUGGAGAAUUCUUUGAAAAAGCAAAGCUAGAAGUAAAUGGAGGGAAUAUUUCUAAUGAGGAUCCAAGUCCAUUCUUUAGUAACUUUUCCCUGCAUGUUGCUCCAGUUCUCAGAAACAUCAAUUUUAAGAUUGAAAAAGGACAGCUUUUGGCAAUUGCUGGAUCUACAGGGGCUGGAAAGACGUCUCUAUUGAUGAUGAUCAUGGGAGAACUGGAGCCAUCAGCUGGUAAAAUAAAGCAUAGUGGAAGGAUAUCAUUUUCUCCUCAAGUAUCUUGGAUCAUGCCAGGGACCAUCAAAGAGAAUAUAGUAUUUGGCGUUUCCUAUGACCAGUACAGAUACUUGAGUGUUAUAAAGGCCUGUCAGCUGGAAGAGGACAUCUCAAAAUUUCCAGAAAAAGAUAAUACUGUGCUAGGAGAAGGUGGAAUUACAUUAAGUGGAGGCCAGCGAGCAAGGAUUUCACUUGCAAGAGCUGUGUACAAAGAUGCUGUCCUCUACUUGCUGGAUUCUCCAUUCAGUUAUCUGGACUUGUUUACAGAAAAAGAAAUAUUCGAAAGUUGUGUUUGCAAGCUAAUGGCAAAUAAAACAAGGAUUUUAGUUACAUCUAAAGUCGAACAGCUUAAAAAAGCUGACAAAGUGCUUAUUUUGCACGAAGGAAGCUGUUAUUUCUAUGGAACAUUUUCUGAACUUGAAGAUCAGCGUCCUGAAUUCAGCUCUCAUUUGAUUGGAUUUGAUCACUUCAAUGCAGAAAGAAGAAACUCUAUAAUAACUGAAACCCUGAGACGAUGCUCCAUUGAUUGUGAUCCCGCAGCUGUUAGAAAUGAAGUCAAGAAUAAGUCGUUUAAGCAGGUUGCAGAUUUCACUGAAAAAAGAAAGAACUCUAUUAUUAAUCCUCGCAAAUCAAGUCGAAAAUUUUCUAUCAUGCAAAAAAGUCAGCCACAGAUGAGUGGAAUAGAAGAGGAAGAUAUGCCAGCUGAGCAAGGAGAACGAAAACUCUCCUUAGUUCCUGAAUCCGAACAAGGAGAAGCCAGCCUGCCAAGAAGCAACUUUCUUAAUACAGGUCCUACAUUUCAAGGCCGCAGGAGACAGUCUGUGCUAAAUCUAAUGACUCGCACCUCCAUUUCUCAAGGUUCCAAUGCCUUUGCAGCAAGAAAUGCAUCUGUUCGAAAGAUGUCAGUAAACUCUUACUCCAACUCAUCAUUUGACCUGGAUAUAUAUAAUAGACGGCUAUCACAAGACAGUAUUUUGGAAGUUAGUGAGGAAAUUAAUGAAGAAGAUUUGAAGGAAUGUUUCCUGGAUGAUACAGACAGCCCAUCACCAACCACCACAUGGAACACAUAUCUAAGAUUUCUUACAGCUCACAAGAAUUUCAUUUUUAUUCUUGUAUUUUGUUUAGUAAUAUUUUUUGUUGAGGUUGCUGCUUCAUCAGCUUGGCUCUGGAUUAUUAAAAGAAAUGCUCCUGCUAUCAACAUGACAAGUAAUGAGAAUGUAUCUGAAGUAUCAGACACCCUUUCUUUUAUUGUAACAGACACUAGCUUUUACUAUGUGUUCUACAUUUACGUUGGUGUAGCUGACUCCUUACUGGCCCUGGGAAUAUUCAGAGGUUUGCCUCUGGUACACAGUCUUAUAUCAGUCUCCAAAGUGUUACACAGGAAAAUGCUGCAUGCUAUUCUACAUGCCCCAAUGUCAACCUUCAAUACAAUGAGAGCUGGUCGGAUACUUAACAGAUUUUCAAAAGAUACAGCCAUAUUGGAUGACAUUCUACCUCUGUCAAUAUUUGACUUCACGCAGCUUGUGCUUAUUGUGAUUGGAGCAAUAACAGUGGUUUCAUUACUUGAACCUUACAUUUUCCUGGCUACAGUGCCUGUAAUUGCUGCUUUUAUUCUCUUGAGAUCAUACUUUCUUCACACAUCUCAGCAACUCAAACAAUUAGAGUCUGAAGCCCGCAGUCCAAUUUUUGCUCACCUCAUAACAAGUUUAAAGGGUUUAUGGACAUUGAGAGCAUUCGGGAGACAGCCAUAUUUUGAAACCCUUUUUCAUAAAGCAUUGAAUCUACAUACCGCAAACUGGUUUCUCUAUCUCUCCACCCUACGUUGGUUCCAAAUGACAAUAGAAAUGAUUUUUGUGAUAUUCUUCACCGCUGUUUCAUUCAUCUCCAUUGCAACAUCAGGUGCUGGGAAAGAAAAAGUUGGAAUUGUCUUAACUUUGGCAAUGAAUAUCAUGAAUACAUUACAGUGGGCUGUAAACGCUAGCAUUGAUGUGGACAGCUUGAUGCGUUCUGUCAGCAGAAUUUUCCAGUUCAUUGAUCUGCCAGUAGAAGAGUUGAUAAAUGAAAAUAAAAACAAAGAGGACCAACUUUCAGAGGUCCUGAUAUAUGAAAAUGAUUACAUCAAGAAAGUCUGGCCAUCUGGAGGUCAGAUGACAGUGAAAAAUCUUUCUGCAAAGUAUGUAGAUGGAGGCCACACUGUGUUGGAAAAUAUCUCCUUCACAUUAAGCCCUGGACAAAGGGUAGGCUUAUUAGGAAGAAGUGGUUCAGGUAAAAGCACCCUGUUGUCUGCCUUUUUGAGAUUAUUAUCAACCCAUGGAGACAUUCAGAUUGAUGGGGUAUCCUGGCAAACAAUCCCACUUCAGAAAUGGAGAAAGGCAUUUGGAGUGAUACCGCAGAAAGUAUUUAUAUUUUCUGGAAGUAUUCGGAAAAAUCUUGAUCCCUAUGGAAAAUGGAGCGAUGACGAACUCUUGAAAGUCACAGAAGAGGUUGGUUUAAAGUCAAUAAUUGAUCAGUUUCCUGGACAGUUGGAUUUUGUGCUUCUGGAUGGGGGCUGUGUCCUUAGCCAUGGCCACAAGCAACUUGUUUGUUUGGCCAGGUCUGUUCUUAGCAAAGCCAAAAUCUUGCUACUCGAUGAGCCUAGUGCACAUUUGGAUCCAAUAACCUUCCAAAUACUUAGGAAAACGCUGAAACAUGCAUUUGCAAAUUGCACAGUAAUUUUGUCAGAACACAGGCUAGAGGCAAUGUUGGAAUGCCAGCACUUUUUGGUGAUCGAAGACAAUACAGUUCAACAGUAUGAUUCUAUUCAAAAGCUUAUGAAUGAGAAGAGUUUCUUCAAACAAGCCAUAAGUCAAUCUGAUCGCAUGAAACUAUUCCCACUACAUCGCAGAAAUUCAAGUAAACGAAAAUCCAGACCCAAAAUUUCUGCCUUACAAGAAGAAACAGAAGAGGAGGUUCAGGAAACAAGACUCUAAUCGCUGAAAAUACAGCUUAAAAGACAUUUCAUGUUCUCCGCGUAACCAUUUGCAGUUGCCUAAUACAGCCGUGUGGUUAUGUAAUUCAGUAUUUUGAGUUCUAAUCUGACCUUGCCCGAAGUGCAGUUGAAUGAAAAAUUUUCUCUGUAGGGUUCAUCUGUUACUUGCUAAUUCCAAAAGGUUUAGGAAUAGUUAUGUUUGUAACAGAAAACUGGAAGUACUGUUUAGAAUCUAGACUUGAAACUAAAAAAAGAAAGAGAAAUGUAGAGUUUCUCCUUUAUUGCCCCUGACAGAUAAUAUUGUAGAGGUAUAGGCCAUUAUGUGGAUUCGGUAUCCUUUGUUCAUUUGUAUGUAUGCACAUGAGCAACACCUAGGGGGUCAUUUACUAACAAAUUUCAAAUCAAAAUUACUAAUCAAAUUUUUCCACAAAUCUCAAUAAAUUUGUGGUUAUCUAUUUUUUUUAAAAAAUGUUUGAAAAAUGCAAAGUGUAUUCAUUUUAAAAACCUCGAAACUCACUAAUGCAAAACUUCUCCAGGUAAAAGUUGCCUAGGUGCUAUAGAAAUCAAUGGGAGCUGCGCUGGUCUUUUUGGACUGCACAAAAUCAAUUUAGGCAUUUAGAGGUUUUCGUAUUGUUUUCGCUAAGAAUUGUCUGAAAAACUCACAUUUUCAGAUUUUUUAGAGCAGUAUUCAACAAAAUUUUCUGUUCGUACUUUUUUUAUUCCGAUUUUUUAAAUAAAUCUCACAACGUUUGUAAUUUUAGAGUUUGUGAGUUUAGUCAGGAGAAAACCGCUAAAAUCUGACCUUUGAUAAAUCAGCCCCCUAGUAUUAUGUUUGUUAUAAAAGAUGUGAUUAUAAACCUUCAUAAACUAUAACAAUGCAGCCCAGUGGCAGAAGACUGCAAGGUACAGGAUUUUAUUUCAGAGGGAGAAUGAGAUUAGUUAUAAAUUGAAAUCUUAAUAUUUUUAUUCAUCAUGCUUAAUGUUUUCUUUCCCUGGGGAAUAAAUAUUGCUGUAAUUAUUUACUAGUUUGGCUCCUCCCCCCAAAUGUAUUCAAGCGGUAAUAGGAGUUAGGUUGUUAUGGUUUGUAAUGAUGGUAGAAAUACCCAUGCCACAAUUUACUUUUAGGGGUAUAAGAUAACAUAAUAAAGUAUUUGCCUUAGGGUUUCUACACAAUUAACUAUCAUAACUAAAUCACAGUGGUCACAUAUUAUUAAUUUAAAAGGUAAAGCACCUUGACAGAUUUAGUUUAAAAAUCACCAUUCUCCUUUUCCGAAGGUUUAGGUUUGAUGUGUUACUCUAUAGCAGUGAUCCCCAACCAGUAGCUCGUGAGCAACAUGUUGCUCUCCAACCCCUUGGAUGUGGCUCCC